AUGCCAGUAGAAAUGGAAAUUCUACCUUCCUCUAUACCGCCUCCCCAAUUCGAUUUCCGUGAUUUUGCGCGCGCCCUAUUCCCGUCACUACUACAUCGGCCACCCCCGCGUGUCAUUACAUGGCGUGAGGACUCUCGACCGUACGCGCCCAGCCUACCUUCAAUUUCCCGCCAAUCUGUAACCGCGUUGCAUCUUCGAUUCAACAACUUCCGUAAAUCCUGUUUACCACGUUACCUCGCCCGUUCCCUACACUUCCAUUAUUUGCAUGCAGCGUUCGGCGUGAUUCAACCCAACAAACCCCGCCAUAUUUCUGCUGACGGGGGACCAAUAUGCCCCCCCGGUGGACUCCCAGCCAGCCUGGUCGCAGGCAACCCCAGCGGCCGUCCCACCGUCGAUACCUCUGGCUACGGGGCUAGCUAUACGAAAAACACACCCACAUCUCCUGAGGACAGUUUAAUUCCGUUCGACUCACCAUCAACACGAACGGGAGGUCCAAGCCCAAUCACUCCGGUGAACCAGGAGGAUGGUGGACGCACGAGUCGUGGCCUGGGUCCUGACCAGGCCGGCUUCCGCGACCGCUCAACACCCCGAGAUCGCUCGCGAGUGAAUGGGCGUCAAAAUAAGUCUCCCGGCGGCUCAUCGCGCCUGUGUCAAAAGUGCGGUGAAUCUCUCACUGGUCAGUUUGUUCGAGCGUUGGGCGGUACUUUUCAUCUGGAGUGUUUCAAGUGCGAAGACUGUGGCGAGAUCGUUGCUUCCAAGUUUUUCCCCGUCGAUUCAGAAGAUUCAAGCUGCCAAUUUCCGCUUUGUGAAACCGAUUACUUUAGACGACUGAGCCUCCUCUGCCACGAGUGCGGCGGCGCACUACGUGGAUCAUACAUUACAGCCUUAGACCGGAAGUAUCAUAUUGAGCACUUUACCUGUUCCGUCUGUCCGACCGUCUUUGGUGCUCAGGACUCUUACUAUGAGCACGAGAGCAAAGUUUACUGCCACUUUCACUACUCAACCCAGUUUGCCCAGCGGUGCCAUGGGUGCCACACUGCGAUCCUGAAACAGUUUGUCGAGAUUUUCCGCAACGGUCAAAAUCAACACUGGCACCCCGAAUGUUAUAUGAUCCACAAGUUCUGGAAUGUCCGGUUAUCCCCUGCUGGUCAAACAUGGGAGCCUCCGCCGGUGGAUGAGGAUGCCAGUGAAGAUGAGCGCAAGCGUAUUCGCGACGAGGAAGAUAUUAUGGAAGAGAAGGUCUUUAAUAUUUGGAACACUCUUUCGACCUUUGAAGAAUCAUCGGCCGCUUGCAUCUCAGACAUGCUGCUUCACGUGAGCAACGGCGCUUACAUCGAUGGUGUUCUUGUAGCCAAGCGCUUCAUUGAACAUGUGGAAAUCCUCUUCGGUGCAGUCGAUCAGUUAGCGGAUUAUAUCAAAUCCCACGAGUUAAAAGGUAAGUCUGGCGCAGCUGAUUCCAUGUCGUCGGCGGCGAUGGCUGAUUCUUUCGAACCAGAACUUUCCUAUGGCCGCGAAGCCAAACUUCUCUGCAAAAAAAUUGUCGCUUUCUUCGCCCUUCUAUCGAAAACCCAAGAAACCGGGGUACGCAAACUUGGCGUCACCCAGGAACUUCUGUCUCUUGUUACUGGUCUCGCUCAUUACCUCAAACUCCUUAUCCGCAUCGGUCUACAAGGUGCACUCAAACUUGAACGCGAGAAGUCUGCACCAGACGGGUUACAGAAUUUCCUGGACCGCCUCCGUGAUUUGGAAUCAUUAGCAGGGCGCGAAAAUGACGAUACACCAGUCGACCUGAUGGCUGGCGUAGAAGGUUUGGCCGAUCAACUCUCAGAUUGCUGCAUCGCCUGCAAAGAACCCAUUGACGACGAAUGUGUUCAGUGGGGACAGAGUCGUUGGCACAUCAAACCGCCUCAUCUCUCAUGCAAAUCAUGUGAGAAGGACUUGACCGCUGAUCUGCAAGACGCAUUGUGGAGCGGCAGCGAGGAGCAAGUCUGCUGCGGCGCCUGCGCCCACCGGAUGAAACUGGGCCCCACUGUGAAGGACGACCCCAACCUUAACGAUUAUGACAACAAAGACGGCCAUCGAGUCACACCCCAGGUUCGCCGGGCAAACACACGACAGUCAUAUGGCGGUGCCUCGCGAGAUGGCUUUGAAGAAACAUCCUUUGAGCAGACUGUUGGCGAGAUGCGUCGGCUGCGCUCUAUUCGCAACGAGCGAACCUUAUCCACAACAUACAAACGCGCCCGCGCAUCCAGAAUCAUUGAUGGGCCAGAGGGCAGAAGUGCCCGACCGGGGUCAUCUGGCAAUGAUGGCAGUGAUCCUCGGGGCCACGGUUUCCAGAUUGUUGAAGAACGGGAUGCCAACGGCGAAACCGUUACCGAUCUGACUUUUGGCGCCCAGGAUGCUCUAACACUAGAUGACAUCCCUCGCAUUGUUGCUGCUGAGCAAGCCAAGGAGCAGCGUCCCAAUGCUUACAGACAUGCCGGUACCAAGCUCAUUGGGGGAACAGAGCCGAUGCCCAAGUACAACCAGGGUCACCAGCGUGGAGUAUCUAGUGGAAAUCUGGAGGCCCUCAUGGAGCCAACCCGGACCAAGCGGUACUUCUCGGAACUAACUGCUUUGGAAUAUUUCAUCGUUCGCCACGUUGCUGUGCUACAGAUGGAACCCUUGGUAGAGGGCUAUUUCAACAUGGAGGAACUACUAUCUCUGAUUGAGUCGCGCAAACCUACCAUAUGGAACAUCUUCGGCCGUGCAUUCAAGGACAACAAGAAGGGCAAUAAGAAGAAGGGUGUAUUCGGUGUCGGUCUGGAUUAUUUGGUCGAGAAGGAGGGCACAGAGUCAAGUCACGGUGUUGGUCCUGGUGCUCUCCGCAUCCCGACGUUGGUUGAUGAUUCUGUUUGCGCCAUGCGACAGAUGGACAUGUCUGUGGAGGGUGUCUUCCGAAAGAACGGCAAUAUCCGCCGAUUGAAGGAUACCGCGGAGCUAAUCGACACUAAGUAUGAGCAAGUUGAUCUGACAAAGGAAACGCCCGUGCAGAUCGCAGCUCUCUUGAAAAAGUUCCUCCGCGAGAUGCCCGAUCCGCUCUUGACUUUCAAGCUACAUAGACUCUUUGUCAUCUCACAAAAAAUGGAGGACCCGGAGAAACAAAGGCGACUACUCCACUUGACAUGCUGUCUGCUCCCCAAAGCCCAUCGUGAUACGAUGGAAGUCCUGUUUGCCUUCUUAAAUUGGACGUCAUCCUUCUCGCAUGUGGAUGAAGAGUCUGGAAGCAAGAUGGACAUUCACAAUCUUGCAACUGUCAUCACGCCCAAUAUCCUCUAUCCGAAUGCCAAAAACAGCACAGUGGAGGAGAGCUUCCUGUCCAUCGAGGCUGUCAACGCCCUGAUCGCGUAUAACGAUGUAUUCUGCGAAAUUCCGGAAGACCUACAAUCGGUCUUGGGUGAUCAAAAUCUGUUCAGGGAGAAUGCCGAAGUGACUACCAAGGAAAUCCUCAAACGAUACGGCGAUAUUGCUCGAGGCAGCUUUGCACAGAAACCGGAGAACGGUGGCGAGACCUUCACGAUCACCACCCCGAACCGAACUAAUAGCACUCCCACCUCGGCACGUAUUGAGACUGAUCCUUCUCAGGAUGCUGCCUGGCAGAUGCAAAGCUCUGUUCGCCAUGUGCCCGGCCCCGGCGGACACUCACACUCGGCAAGCACCAACGCCCAGACUGGACUUGAUUUCGGUCCUCCCCCAGCAGCGUAUCACCGUGACCGUAGCACUAGCAACGGUAGCCAACCUGUUGCAGGGGCACCUGAUGGCCAACCAUCAAAUGUGGCAUAUAGGCCGCGUCCGAGUGCAGGCGCCAUGGGUGUUACUGGGUAG